CUAGUGAACUCUUUUCGCAAUUAUCGUACCAAGCGGAUUGAUUUAUAAUAUCCACAUUAUACAUAUGUAUAUUUGAUUUCCUUUGUCGUCCGAUCGGCCGACAUUUAUAGCUUUCAUUUGAUUUGAAUGACAUUCUAGUAUUCCGUAACUGUAUCGUAAGGCAUAUAUACGCUUUCAAUUUUAAUUAUUAACGCUAUCGUCGUUUUAAUUCUUGUAUACCUAAACGAGGAGAUUCCGUAGAGCAGCACAUGGGGAAGAAACUUUUGUAAAUAGUGCGAUUAUCCAGGAAUAUAGUUUUACGUAUACAGAGAUUAUAGACUAAGACGUCAUACUAUGAAAUCCCGCGGGUAUCGCGUUUCGUCGUGUCCAGGCCGACUUGGUCGGAUUCACUGACAAAAAAAAAAACGGCAUGUAAAGCGCAUAAUCGAUAGUUCGCGUUAAGGACAAGCGAACGUACACGAAUUUUACUAAUUCAAUAUUACCCGAUUCUGUAAUGAAAUUAAUAGAUAGCGAUAGCCCCGACGUCCAACUAUACGAGUUUAUUAAUUCUGAUGAAUUAAACAGAGAGGUUAAUGAAAUUCAAAUUGAUUGAACGACAUAUAAUUAACGCUUCAACGAUCCAAUUUGGUUAAUUAUCAGCCAACGUGAGCAUACCUAGAAAACUAGUGUAUCUUUUUCAUUUACCCACGAAUCGAGUACAUACAUCCAUAGACCCGAUCAACACAUCACGAAUGAAUCGGUCGAAAAAUUGAGAAUAUAAAUUAACCAGACGAUCCAAAAUAUACCGCGUCCCUUGAUCCACCCACGCAUUAUUAGAUCGAUAGUCACAUUCAAUGAUCCGUCAUAGACGAAGCUGACGUCCGUCAUAGCAUUAUAUCCUCCCGAAAUCAAGCAGGCUCCCACACAUACACACACACAUAUGUACUUUCCUUAAUUAGCAUCGGAGAGAGAGCUAUCGCGAUCGGCAGAUAAGCCGUAUGCGCGCACUCGCGGUCGCGACUUUAUCGAUUCGACCUUAAUUUCGGUUCUCUCUCUCUCUCUCUCUCUCUCUUCCCCCUCUUGCGGCGCCCGUUAAUUACCCAAGAGUUUCGCCGGUGCGCGAUAACCUAAUAAUUCAUCCCUCUCCCUCUCGCUGUAUGCCGCGGAAUUCCGCGCUUCUUUUUUCCUUCCUCUAUACCCGCACUCGUUCCUUCGAUUCGGUAUAAUUGAUGUCUUUGUCUUUGUCGAGCGCGACUCUGUGUGUGCGCCCCCUCGAUUAUUACAGGCUCAUUGCGUGAUUAGCCGCGGAUUUGUGACGGCGGCUUUGUGUGUUUGAGCCGCGGAGGGAUUUUGACGUCGAAGCUGGAUUUGGAGGAAGAGAAUGGGAUGGCGCCGGGAUUUACGGCCGAACGUGAAGAAUGCGUCGUCGCAAUUUAAUUAAUUAAUUAUCGGUAUCGUUGUGGAGUAAAACGUUGGAUAUUAAGUCUCUUUAAUGCGUUUCGAAAUUCCUUGCACGGUUCCAUAAUUCGCAUUCGCAAUUGCCGACUCGAGUAGGUCGUUAAAAAUUCAAGCGACUUAAUCGACCAUCGAGGGCUUCAGCCUUGAUCAGCAAACGUAGUCCGGGCUCCUUUGUAGCCGCGCCAGCUGUAACAGCCUGAAAGUAGCUUUACGCAAAUUCCUCGGAGACAAAGGCGUCGCGCGGAGGACUCGGACGUCGGGCUCGUGUUUACCCAGUCGGAUACGCACUUUUCUAACAAAAACAUAUUUCCCCCAAUCCAGAGACCAGAAGCCUCAAAAUGCAAAUUAACAACGAUAACCGCGCACUAAUUACAUGCAUAAAAUCAUCGGUGUGCAUCGGAAACAGACGAGAUUACAGGUAUACGGUGUAUUUGUCUAUAGCCCGCAUAUUUGUCCUUAAAGUUGACCGAUCGCUAACGCGACCGUCACCGACUUUGAUCUCGACUACUCGGCCGAGUCCGUUUGCCGUCGACGCGAACAUCAGUGAAUCCGAUCCUACACUGCCACGGGCUGGACUAUCGCGUUUAUCUCUCAAAAAGCCCCGCUGACAAGAGUCGACGCUGGAAGUUAUCUUCUACGCAUCGUCGAGUAGUAACGACCGAGUUCGGAACCGAGAAAAAUGAUUCGAGUCGUGCAUGAAAUCGCGUUCGCAAAUCGAGCUGGGAAAUCAGUUAGUGCGAAGAGGAGAGGCGUGAAUGGCCGGGUUUGCCGGAAAUGCGGGAACGGGUCGAGAUAACGCGAAAGAGCCUACUCUUCUCUGUACGAAUCGCGUGUACCGGGCGCGUAUACUCGAAUGCACCGGUUUGGCUAUAUGGAGUUUUCUGCGUGACGGCUAUAUUUUUGUGUGGUUUGAAAUUUUCUCAUUAUUGAUUUGAGUAACGAAUACUGCCGUUUGCGAGGGUAUUUCAAUUUCUCAAAAAUAUCGAAAUAUUGUCUUAGAACACGCAAAACGCUAGACUACAUCGCGGAAUCGUAAGCAAGCUCAGUUCUCGUAUAACAAAGCUCGAAAAAGGCGGGAAAUUCAAAUACGCGAAACCGACUAGAAAACAGCGUACCGUGAAAACUCUUCGCAGAAAGCACCAUAUAGCGAUGGCAAGCCGAGGGUGCGCUCUCUGCAUUUCGUUUACAGCCGCAUAUGGGCGUCGGUCGCGUCGCUUCUACAAGUGCGCGCGCGCGCGUCCUUUAUUGCUCUUAUUAUCUGCAGCAGCAACAGCAGCAGCGGGCGACGUCGGCGGGGCCAAAGUAAUUGCGAAUCAUGGCCCUCCUUAAGCGCAUACAACGUCGCUUUAUCUCUCUCCUCACACUCCCGCCUCUCUUCGCCUUUUAUUGUUUUCCCGCCGCGAAAGUGCGCCGAAGCGUUGAAACGGCGAUCGCCGCUAAUGCGCGCCCCGCUUUUAAUGCCUUCUAAGAGAUUUAUUCACCGGGGUUGUUUUUUUUUCUCGGCGCUGCGAUGCAGGGGGUCUCAUUGUUUUAUCGAGUGCGAGGAGCCGAGAAAGAUCUACGCUCAUUAUUCGGUGAUUAUAGUCUUUUUUUCGGUACUCGGUGAUCCGGGGAGACUUUUUGAAUCGAAUUUCGGCGGGCUGAUGAAUUCGUUACGAGAGCGGGGAGCCUUCUGGCGCCAAGUCACGUUUUCGUUGCUAUAAUAUUUAAGCGGGGAACUUUGGGGAUUUUGAACUCGCUUUUGAGAUCCUCCCUGACGUGUGCGUGUAUAAAUUUUCGAUGUGAAUAAAUAAAUCCCUUUUUUGUUCGACAGGCGAGAUUAUCACUUUUUGGGUUUUCUGAAAAAAUUUGUAGAUGUGCAUUUGCGAUUAAGAUAAAAUAAACACGUUGAAUAGGUUGCUGCGAUUUUAUCGUAGUCAAGUAAGCGACGGGUUUCGCGCGAUCGAUGUAUUAAUAAUAACGAAGAAGAAGAAGAAAGUCGAACGAAGAAGCCAAGGACGUACCAGCACCACCACUAUCACCAAGCACGCUUCGGCACAAAAAUUGCACAAUCUUUGUAUGUACCUUGCCUUACGAACUCUCUUUCGAGUACGAAAAUCGGUGAUUAGUUCUACGAUAUAUUUAUAAAUAAAUUCGUAGCUUACCUGGAAUUUGAUGUUUUUUUCGCUUACUAGAUUCUUUUCUAUAUUUGAUAUGAAUAUUUAUACUAUACAUCUCGAUGUUCGAAAGUAUAUAUUUUGAUCUGCAACAGUAUACUAUAAAUGUAGCUUUUGUGUGCUUCAAAGCUGUAUCCAUAAACAGAUUGAAAAUUUUCUGAAAAAUGAGAGAGGGAGAGCCAAUGAAAACAAAUAUCCCGAUUGAUCGGGCGCUGCGAACGCAAUGCGCCGUUCUCCAAUCAUCCCGGGCAAGUAAGAGCAGUCGCGCGACGGAUCGAUAUAACUAAUCGCAUCGUCCCCCGCAACGAAAAGUGAAACGGAAAUUUUCGGCGCUGGCGACGGGCUUUGUCCGGUCAGGGAAGGGGGGGGGGGUUAAAGGGGGAGGCAGGGCGUCGACAGGCUGAUCAAUCGGGAGCAUCUGGCGAAAGGAGUAUAAGCGCCUCCGCCGCACCAGAUUGCAUUAUGUCUCUCUCUCUCUCUCUCUCUCUCUCGCUCCUCACCUCCUCCGUAGGGACUACUAAUUCUGCCUCCUCGAUGCGUGUGUCUAGAGAGCCGAGAGGAGGAGGGGGAUGAGGAAUCAGGGGCAAGGUACACUGUGUGUCUGUCUGCUGCGAGACUUAGCACCGCAUGCCAUUAUACAGCCCGCUGCACGACGCGUAUGCGCCAUGAUACGCUGCACGAGUAUGAGAUAUCUGUAUGUGUAUCGGUAUGUGUGUCUAUUUUAUUUUCUCUCUCUCUCUCUCUCUAUAUGUAUCUUCUGUGCACUGUACUCUAUGCCUCCUCUCUCUCUCUCUCUCUCUCUCUCUCUCUCUCUCACUGUCCUUUGACGUAUGUGCUUGCUGUAGAGCUGCUAGUGACUGCAUUCUGAUUUUUCUCUAUCUCGACACGAUGAACCAACCAACUCGCAUUUUACUCUCCAUCACAUAUACGUGUAUCCACUCCGCGUCAAGUUUUUUUUUUCGCCGGCCGACCACACUACACGUCCUCUUGCCGUUUGCUCCCUGCAAUAGCGAAUCGCGGAUCCGGUAGAGUCGUCCCAAAAAAUCGCUCGCGACUAUCGAAUCAGAGCGACUGCACAGCUCGCGCGGCCUGUUUGUAUACGUAUCCAUCGAAAUCAUUCGCUCGACGACUUAACAGUCGAGCGGCUGUUGUGCGCGCGCGCGCGCGAGUAAGGUGCGAGAAAGGCAGAGCGCUCGUCGGGGUUAAACGAACCGCGUGCGCGGAUGCAAAAUUCACGGGCGAGCGGAGCGGCGUCUGUUCGCCGGCGCGUGCAAACAGCUUCUCUUUCGAGAGAGGACGAACUCGCUGUGUAUACGUACGCGCCGCGGCGCAGCGAGUCUUCUUCAGGAAAUUCGGCUGCUUGCUCUUUUUCUCGUCGCGCUCUCUUUUUGCUGCGAUUCCCGAGCGUAAGUUGGCAAGAUUGUCGAGAACUCGCUUUAUGACUCGCCGCGCGCGAUCGAGCUACUUUUCGAUGUUAUGAUUUCUCGCGGUACCACACGCCACGACCACCACAAGCAUACGGCAGAACAAGCACAAGCGACGAGCCGGCCCCGCGGCGGAGAAAGUCUCUCCCCGGCGGGGCCGGCCGGCAGCUCUCCGCGAGUAGUGGAGCACACGAGACAACACACGACGACCAUCCAUGCGAGGGCCGGUCCUCUCUGCUUGUGUGUUUCAGAGUAUCAGCCGUCCUCCGCGUCCGUGGACCUCUCGGGCACGGACUCGGCCCUGUACCCCUUCGAAUCGGGCAGUAGUCGCGAGCAGGACACGAGCUUCCAGGAGAUCUGGUUGCCCCCCACCAGUCAGUAUCCGUAUUUUCUCUUCCCGGGCACCGACGGGCCCCGGCUCUCCUCCGCCUACUACGAGCUCGAUAAAGAACUCGCCACGAAUCUCGAGGCCGAGCAGCAGUCGCGCUAUUACGACGAGCAGCAGCAGCUGCAGCCCGGAGCCACCCUCGACAGCCUCGGGCGGCCAGCAGCCGGUAGGCCUAAGAUAUACGUCUAUUCGCAUUCGGUGCCCCCGGAUCUGCGGGACUCCUCCGCCGCGAUCCGGGUCUUCGAGAACAACCGCUGGCACACCCAGUGGAUGCACGUCUGGCCCGAGCCGCGCCGCCGGCUGCACGACUCUUCUUCCUCCUCCCCCUCACCCCUGGCCUCUUUCACCACCGUGCCCACUCGGCUCCUCCUGCCCACCUCCUCCUCCGCUCCCUGGCACUCGUCCCGGCCCAAGCAUGAUCGUGACUCCAGCACAGCCACCGGUACCCGAGAGCACAAAACCAGCCAGCAUGCAGUCGAGGGCGACGACCACGACGACCGGUUCGACAACCACCACCACCACCACCACCACCACCACCGUCACCAGCACCACCGGAUCGAUAAUAAGUUCCCAGAUGCACAAGCACCCGAACCACCUGCACUAGCACUACCCCCCGCGUCAUCCACCACACCCAGCACGAGCGUAGACGUCCUGGGCAUCGGCGGUGGGAGGAACGCGCGCUUGGGCGUGAAUUACGCCCCGCGGCCGACCUACGAGCACGGGGCGGCUUACGAGCGCGUCGACGAGGAGCUCGACGGGCUCGACGAGUUCAGGCUGGCCCGGCUGCCCGUCGACCGGCUCUUCGACCUGCGCGAAGCCUUCGAGGGCUUCGUCGACUCAGUGAACGUCAUAUCGAACGCGGACAAUACGACGACGCUCCAGCUGAUCGAAUCGCAAGUGGAGAACCCGCUCAUAGACGCGGGCCAUCAGGACCUCCACGCCCUCAAGCAACUUCCCAUUCCAAAUGUGCACCACCACCGGGUACAUCACAAACAGAAGAAUCAAUCCCACGAGGACCACGAAGUGGGCCAGGCAGCUCCGUCGUCGCAGCCGUCGGACAAUGUCGUUCAGCAGCAGUCGCAGCCUCCGCCGCCACCUCCGCCGAAACUCGUCCUCUCUAGCACGUGUCAUCACGCUUACUCCGCGUGCAAGAACGAUCCAGACUGUAAGGCACUGCUGCAGCCGGUGCUGAGCCACUGCGACCAGUCGAGUUGCGCGCGCAACGAGUGCAUGGCCGGGCUCCAGCACUUCUACAAGCAGGCCUCGCAUAAGCACUCCAUGGAAAUAGCCUUUUGUCUUUGCAAGAAAUCCGAGGGCAAGCGAGAAGAGUGUAUGCUGGCUCAGGAGAAGCUACACCCGGCUUGCGCGCAGCGCGUGCCCGCCGGCGCGGAGAUGCCCACCUGCGACGCCUUGGCCGAGUCUUGCCGCGAGGAGGCCUCCUGCAGGCCAAAACUCGAGCACUACGAGCAGAACUGCGCAGUGGACAGCGUGACGAAAAAAUGCGCGGGUCCAGCGCAAGGUUGUCGCAAUGCGAUGCUAGGUAUCCUGGGUACGGAGCUGCGCUCCAACUGUGCCUGCAAAGGAGCCGACCUAGCACCCCUAUACGAGUGUCUCGGCUGGCAGAGGCUUCUGUGGGUCAACCCCUGCGUAGUCGAGGCACAAAAGGACUUCCACGCACGCCGCAACAAGCACCACGGUCACGGUCGCACAACAGCGAGCCAGUCGCCGUCGUCGAGCGGGCCCACGCAACCGACCUCGGCGACACCUCGAGCUUCCCUGGUAGCAGCGACGAGCCUUGGACUCGCGGAGCAGGACACCGUGGAGAACCAGGAGGAGCCGUCGACACCCGAGCAGGAGGAGAGUCAGCUGGAGAACAACGUCAUACCAGAUGCAACGGUCAUACAGGACACGACGCUAGAGGUCGCCACUACGGGUAGUACCGAAGCACUGACGAUGAGCUCCACGACUGAAAGCACGACGACUACGACGACCACCACGACGACCACGACGCCGGCACCUACGACGCCUAGCACGACGACCACCAGUACUUUGCCACCACGUUUCUGCGUGGUUCAAAGGCCCAGCCAGUCGCACCAGUACAUCCGCGUUGGCAAAAGCAAGCGGCUGUACCGCGAGGACGAGCCAGAAUGCUCGGAGCUCUGCCAGUGCGGCGAGGACGAGGUGUUGCGCUGCAACACGAUCUGCGUCGAGUCAUCGCCCUGCAAGACGGACUUUGCCUUCUACCAUCACGCAGCACCGGCUUACCAGGCUUAUCGGGGUCGCUGCCUCUGCUACAGCGGUCGCUUCAUAUGCAUGCGGCCCUCACCCGAUGCGUACAACAUACCGCACGGAAUCUUCAUGUUCCUCGGCUACAGCGAGACUGACGAGAACCUGCUGAAGAAUCACAACAAUCUUACGGUGGUCGACGCAGUUUCGUCUCUCGACAGCUUCAUGCGAGAGGAGGUUAAUAACCAGACGAUAUGCACGCUCUUUCUGUACAACGUAACGAAGGAGAACGUGAUAGCCGUGGCUCGGCUAAUGACGGACAGCACGUCGGCCAGUCCCACCAGUAGCGGCAACGCCACGUCGGCGCAAACUUUGCAGCAUCUAUUGCGCAUCAAGGAGGAAUGCGCGUCGAUGCUGCAGGACCUCAGCGAGAAGAUCAACAACCGGCACCAGGAGGUGCACAGUCACCCGCUGCUCUCGAUCUUCAAGAUGGCGGAGGUCGAGAUCAAGCUGCCGCGCGCCAGUGGCGCCCUCCGCUUCGCAUCCUCCUCGUCUUCCCUCGGGCUGCUGCUCGUUUGUCUUCUCGUUACCCUCAGGCUUGCCGUCUUCGCUGGACCCACUACCUCCUUCCUCUCCACCAUCUCUUCGUCGUGACGCCAGGACUCGUAGAACGACUUCGGCAACGACGCAAACGCGACAACAAGAACCACCACCACCGCUGCUGCUGCUAAAGCUGCACACGUACCACGUUACUCGAGCGAAUCGCUGCUGGUCGAUGUCCUAUGAGAAUGAGGCGCGUGGUUUUGGGGGCCAUUUGAGAAUUGCGUUGUAGGGGGCUGCAUCGACCUGUAGAGGUGGUUCGCCGAUCUAUCAUGUUUUUUUGAGUUACUCGUUCAUCGGCAGCAAAGCUCAUUCCUACAGGUCUGCGUUAGGGAGCAGAGACCCCUAUUUUCAAUGUAUGCGAUGGCGCAAGUUAAAAAACCCACGCGAUUUAUUUUUGUAGGGGGCUACACGCGGCGCGAGAACGGUGGGUCUACGCAUGCAAACACCUACGUCUGUAUAUACGUUAAGCUUUAAUAUAUAUAAAUAUAUACAUACACGAUUUACAUAUAUAUAUAUAUAUAUAUAUAUAUAUAUAUAUAUAUAUAUAUAUAUAUAUAUAUAUAUAUAUAUAAAAAUACUAUACAUACAUGUACGAUUGUAGCGGGGGCGAGUGGCGCGCGACUGUUUGUACAUAAUUGAGCGAGAAAGAAAGGAAGCGAUCUAUGACGAGCGACGUAGUAGAGGUGUGUAAACCUAUUAAACAGCAUGUGCGCGUCGCAUUGUACGCGCGCGUGAGAGCGAGAUAUGCAUUUGAUCCCUUAGCAAGGAAUUUCCUAAGUUAGGCGAGAGAGUGAGAGUGAGCGCGCGCGCCUAAACGAAUCGGCGAUGCGGUAUACGUUCGCGCCGCUGUCUCCACGCAUCAUAUCACUGCGCGAGCGAUGUGCACGACUACGUUUAGCGCUUAUGUAUACAUAUAGGUUCAUAGCGGUGGCAGCCUAAUUAGCGUUUAAAUGCACACACAAUGCAGCAAGACUGUACAUAUACGUGUUGCGAGGAGAGCGAUUUUACGGGUGUUUAUGUCUUUUCGUUCGAGAAGAAGGGGAAAGGGAGUAACGAAAGAAGGAUAAGAAAAACGAAAUGAUAAAUGCUUACCACGUUAAUUGAAGGUACAAAUUUGUAUUAAAAGUCUUUGUAUAGAUUAGGUUGCCAGUGUCGAAUAUUCUAUCAGUAUUAAAGUUCCUUUGAAUCGGUCGGGAACUCAAGCUUAGUCGUUGAUUUCGUUAAGUUUUUCGCGGUAGUUUUACGAAGGGAUACUCGUGGUACUGCUUGUUUUGUAAACGUAAGUACAUAUUCUAUGGUAUAUAAUACAAAAGGAGGUCUAGCCCAGUCCGUCGCUUUCCCCUGAUAGAAAAAUAUAAGCAGGAGCUAGAAUGAUUCGCGCGCGAUUAAAUCGGGCGCUCAUCGUUCCGUGUAAAUCUUGACGAUUCGAGUUGUAAACUGAAAAUGGAAAGGAACAAAAUCGUUUUUAUAUACGUAUAUAUAUAAUCACAAGAAAUGUAAUCCAAUUACACUAAUGAAACUCGCAAUAAAGUAUAAUGAAAUUCCGUUUGUAAACACCCGCAGUAUUCGAAACAAUAAGAGCCUCUGAGAAUGUUCUAUACAAAUAUAAACGAUAAAACAUAUCAAAAAAGCUGACAGAGCAGGUAUACCGUCGCUUUACAGCGCGCUUGCGCACCCGCGAGUGUCUCGAAUGAGAAAAAGGCGCCUGAAAACACACAUCGUCUCGCGUCUGGCUUCUCUCUCUCUCUCUUUCUUCGAGAGAAAAUCUUGUUUCUCUCCCUCGUUGCCCGUUACGCGCGCUGCUUAUUCGCGCAAACGUGAAAGAGUAUUUUUCAAUCUGCUUCCUCGUCGACUUGUCGUUGCCUUGGCACUGCACCAGCGACGUUCGUUCUUCCGCGAAAGCGACGAAAGCUCGCGAGCUUCUUUGACGAUCGAGUGCAUAAAUAGUCGCGCCCGCGCGAGAGGGCUAGACAGCGUUUAUAACGAUAAUAACGAUAACCGUAAGAAUAUAACGCUGCCGAUAACGGCGUAGCGUGCGCGAGAACAUGAAGCCGCAGGCGUUGACACCGCGAUUAAACAUACAUGCGCCUGCACGCAUACAGCAGACGCGACUUUUUCAACGCGCCGUCGUUCCUUAUACUUCCUUUCUGCUCUGAAGCCCUUGCGUAGUCUUGUCGUGUGUAUACUAUAUAGUCCCUCGCCGCUGCGGGGCAAAUAAGAGUAACAGCUUCUGUCGCCGUCGUCGCUGUUCGCCGCUUCCUGGCGGUUGGUUUUUUAUUUUUUUUAGACUUUAGGCGAUCCGUUACUUGUGAGAUUAGUCGAUUAAGCGUUGAAUUAUGUAGAUCGAAAAAAAAAAACGAAAGACAGAGAGGGAGAGAGACGAAUUUCGUGCCGACGCGAGUGCAUCGCUUUGGAGUCGAGGUCACGGACGCGUGCGCGCGCGCGAUGCUUAUUAUGUUAUGAAAACGAAGCACGAUGUACAUUAAUCACACUCUGUAAUCGCAGGGUUAGUUGGGCUCUGGCUAAGUACGCGUACAUAAAGUUUGGCCUCGCGAUUGUCUGCGCGGGUCGCUCUAUAUAUACAUAUACACACACCACCGCACACGUGUAGCUAUAUAGAUAGUUAGGUAGGAAUUGUAUGUAAACGCGUGUACACGUCUGCUUGGCAGAUCCGCUUUCGGAGAAGAUAAAAACUUCUGGAUAGCGUAUAGAGAACAAUGGAGUGCGCCGGCUUAAACUUUGCGAUUGUAAAUAUUGCGUUGCGUGAUCGAGGAAGUGGCUUUUGGCUGAUUGUUUCACGAGUUUAGGAUUUUUUUAUGUUCAUCGAUCCAAUCAUGUGCUUCCAAAGAAAAACUCACGACGCGUUUUCACGUUUUUGUCUCGAUGCCAGAAUGAAAUCGAAGAUUUUUUCGUUGGAAAAUUAACGAGAAUCGAGUGACACAGGCUCGUCGUCCCGAAUCCCUGCGAAUUAAUACUGUCUUAUCCACUUUGCACUUUUACUAUAUCUAUUGCGACUCUCCUGCGAACGUUUCAACUAAAGGUUAUAAAAAUAACUGUACUCCUUUAACUUACACUUUAUGAUCUUGAUAUUAUCAAACGAUCUCAACUUACAACUUUUCCGUCCUUUCUAACUUGUCGUAGAUUUAGAUUAUCGCGCACUUGAACGGCUAUUGAGAAGAGCUAAUGAAUUUCACGCUUAACGAGAGAUAUUCGAAUACAUAUCAACGCGAGACAUGAAAAAAAACGAAUCAUAUCAAGGAAACUCAUUAUCAAAAAUAUAUUAUACUAUUAUACACUUUUAUAAAAUACUUACGUCUUUUAUCAAAAAGAUAAAUUGUUGUUCCACUCGAAGUGAAUUUUUAAAUACGAUAUAUACAAAUUUUGCAUAAAAUUAAAGAUAAUAGCGUAAAACCGAUUCGACGACGAAAAAUUGAUGAAAAAAUAAGCGAAGCUUUGAUAAAAAAAGUCAUCUAAAGGGUUUUUGUAGUUCCUACUGAACCACGAUUUCUUACACACCCUUUUCUAUAAAUUGACCCACUGUAGCGGCAUAUAAGGAGAAAACUUUCUCACGUGGUUACGACGCGUUUUACUAAGCAAACAAUUUACCCGAUUCAAAAUCGCGUAAAUCGAGGCUCUGCGCCCAAAAUACCCUCCUUACAUCAUCCCCUUAUCGGAGCUCGAUGUUCCGAUAAAGCCUAACCCAAAACCCCAGUUCGGUUGAGUCACGAGCUGAAUCGGUCUUUCGAAUCAGCUACAUGACAUUGACACUGAGGCGUUGCAUCGCACGCGAUACACACGAGGAACGAGCCUGUGUCCUCCGUCUCUCAGCCCUACCCCCUCUCUCUAUAUACACUUUCCCUCAUAUAAACCGAAUGCGUGUGUGUGCAUUGUGUGACGCGGCUAUCGGAAAAGCAAUAUUGUAUAAAGUUUACGACGGCGGCGAUAACGAAUGUAAAUUUAACAGGACGCGACCGAAUGUGCAGGUGUACAUAAUCUCGCGUCUAUGCGGAUGAGGAAGAGAGACAUAUGUGUUGUGCGCGAGCGAAUUCGGAGGAAGAAAAUUAGCCUCGACACACAUCCAAUAAAGGCUGCGCGCGAAAGAAUAUCGAGUAACGAUCGAUUGUAAAGAGCAGAAACGCCGAAAAGGAGAGAGGGCGAGCGCCCCUUGCCAAAGCAGCUCACGUCGUCUCCUCGUUCACAUACAUACCUGCAAGCCGCACGAGAAACUGGGGGAUGACCUCACGUAAAUCUUGCAUUUUCGCGGGACGCGCAUCGAUCACGUCGAAUCGUUCUCUCCCUCCUCCGCCUCCGUCUUCUUCUUCUUCUUCUCCUUUUUCUUCUCCUCCUUCUUCUUUCCGAAAAGCGCUUCCUCGUUAUAUACUUACGCUCCUAGCGAUAAGGCGCUUUGUGUCGUCGGCUGUCCUGUCUCGUUGCGUUUAUAGACACACAGAAUACACUGCUUCCGUCGCCGCGAGUCAUCGUCGGAUCCGUUUAAACGGGAUCGUCGCCGCCUAACGUCCCUGAUCGGAUUAUGGGAAGGCGCUGCUUUUCUCGAAGCUCGUUCACGAGGGGGCAAGAAUUAGCGCGCGCGCACGUGUGUGUUUGUAUUAUACAGCCGGAGUUUCGUUUGUUGGAGAAAGAGAUUUAUAAGUACGUUGAUCGUUGAUCGUUGCGAGAGAGAGAGAGAGAGAGAGAGAGAGAGAGAGAGAGAGAGAGAGAGAGAGAGAGAGAGAGAGAGAGAGAGAGAGAGAGCGCGUGUAUGUGGCUUGCACUGCACUGUUUUGUCGAGUGGAUGAUUUGGGCGUUAUUUUUGUUAUGUAUUCAGCUGGUACACUGAAGAAGACGUUGGCUCGUUUGCAACGUUAAUUUCUCGCUUUUUGUUCGGAAUAUAUAAAUAUCCGUGUAUCGCUUGUUCGAGACGAGCUCAAUCUUCUCCAGUGUAUCCACUGGCAGUCGAGUAUUGUUAAAUAGAAUUUGUUGACGUUUCCAUUAGUUUUCCAGCUUUGUUGAUCAACCGGAAAUAAUAAUAAGUGUAAAGAACGCUCCGCGAGUGGCGACUAGAGCUCAUACCUUUCCAGUGUGCGCAAAGCAGAAACGACGAGCGUUCGUUGAUUUAUAUUACAACCCUGUACAAAUAUUUUUUAACUCACCCGCGGAUGUUUCGACACGUUGUAAAGUUUGAAUCGUAGCUAUGUCAACGAGAGGUUUGAAGCGAGGAUGAUGAUGACAAGAUCGGAGAGAUUUCUUUAAAACUACGAUGUGUACCGCGCAACUUAUAAAAUUGCGAUGCUUCCCGCGUGAAGUUCGUUGUAACGAAUGAAACACACACAGAGACACACAGAUGAUGAACGAGAGAGUAAUACACACAGAGAGCGAAUUAUGCGAGGAUACGGCGAUACGCGAAAAAACACACACACACACACAUACACACAAAGAAAAUGAAAUGAAAAACAAACAUAUCAGGGUCCCCCGAGCGCGGGGAACCAGCCAACGAGCGUUCAUUCUAAUUGUUUAAAGUAGCCUCUGUUGUAGUCCUAAUUCUAAAGAGAUAAUUCUUUAAGCUCACAAGACACCCUAUUUAUUCAUUUAUAAAUACAUAAUAAACGAAAUAAAUUGUUUAUAUAAUUACCAGC